GUAGGAGAGCUGGAGAGAGGGAUAAAGGUUAGGAGACAAGUGUGUUGUCAAAAGGAGAGACAGCUUGUGUGUGUUUGUGUGUGUGUGUGUGUGUGCACCCCACGUGUGACAGCACAGAAGCCCCUCCCUGAGUCCAAACUGCACUGUACAAUUUGCAUCUUUUCCUCCUGUCACUCUAACCGUGACAGAAGUAAGAUCGCCUGUGAGCACGUGAGGGGUUCUUCGCAAGUGUGAGCUGGUUCUGACCAGCCAGGAACCUGGCAGAGAGGGGGAGGGGCAGGGAACCGCCAGAAACGCUUUAUGAGAGGGCUUGCGUGAAUGAGUGUGAGUUUACACGAAUCUCCUUGUGAAUGUGUUUUGGAGAAAACUGUGUGUGUGUGUGUGUGUGUGUGUGUGUGUGUGUGUGUGUUUAGGAACCAAGGUGCCCUGCCCUAGCCCCAAGCCCCUGCCCCUGGGUCUCUAAGCCCAGGGAAUCCCAGGGAGUCUGUAGCUCAGGGUCCAGAAAACUCACCCCAGCCCCCUCGACGGAUCCCCUGCUUCAGACUAAGGGGCACCCCCGUCAGCCAGUUUCCGGGAGGGGGUUGAAGACGGUGGGGAGUCUUCUGACCCCGAGAGCUGUCCCCGGGCUGGGGGGGGGGGGGGGCCCAGACUGGGUGGAGCAGCCACACCUGCCCGAAGUUUCGGAGAAGAGGGCGUAAACAGCAACCAGCGCCGCCCUCGCGCUCAGUAGACUCUGCGGGGCCCCACAGUCUGCAGAUCACAGUGGGUCCUACAACUUCCUCACUUCCCUAAAUGGGCAACUGCGCUUUCAGAACGCCAGGUCCUUCCCUGGCAGACCUAAGUGGCACGUCCUGCAGCGGCCUGGGGCCCUAACCCUGGAGCGGGGGGUGUCCCUGGCCCCCUAUUGGCCUGUGACUGUCCCCAACUGGAUGGAGCCAUGGCUCCCGCAUUCCUGCUGCUGCUGCUGCUGCUACUGUGGCUCCAGGGCCCUGUCUCAGGUGUCCCUGCCGAGAACGUGUACACUAAAGUGCAGCACCUGGAAGGGGAGACUCUGUCUGUGCAGUGCUCCUACAAGAGCCGCAAAAACCACGUGGAGGGCAAGGUAUGGUGCAAAAUCAGGAGGAAGAAGUGCGAGCCUGGAUUCACCAGGGUCUGGACGCAGGGGCCACGCUACCUGCUGCAGGAUGACGCCAAGGCCAAGGUAGUCAAGAUCACCAUGGCGGCCCUCAGGCGCCAGGACUCGGGCCGGUACUGGUGCAUGCGCAACAGCUCGGGGACCCUGUACCCUCUGACGGGCUUCCUUCUGGAGGUGUCUCCAGCCUCCGCCAUCAAGAGAAGCACUCCUCUUCCACAGCUGGCCAGUAUCCUCCAGAGUGGAAUUGUCGUCACCGAGGGCCCAGCCCCCACCUCAGGCCCCGAUGCCCCUUUCACCACCAGUGUGACAGCGCUCACACCUGGUCUCUUCACCAUGACCAGACUCGUGCCCUCCGCUGCCUCAGGCUCCAUCAGACUGACCUCCAUGACAGGCUACAGCUUCACCAGCGCUGGCUCCUCUACCAUGGGGCCCGGGAGGACCGUGGGGUCCCAGACCGUGACUGUGCCCCCCAGCGAUGCCGGAGCCUCCUCUGCCGGCCCAGUGUCUGUGUCUACCGGGGCUGGGCCCCCGCGUGCCAGAUCACCCACCACGGGAACGUGCCAUACCCGUGGGUCUCUCAUCAACAAAUUAUCCCCUGACAGGCACCAGGAUUCAUAUCCCGUUGUGCUCCUGGGGGUGCUGACCUUCCUCCCAGUGCCUGUGAUGUUGAUCGUGGUCUAUGGGUUCUGGAAGAAGAGACACAUGGGGAGCUACAGGGUGUGCGACAAUCCUGCUAGAGCCUGGAGGGACCCACUUGGAAGCCCGGAGCCUCCGUGGAAACCUGCUUGGUCCGAGGCCACUUAACUAUGGAGUAGGAAAGCUGUUCCUGGAAGGGCCCUAGGAGGCCAGGGGAGGAUUAAGAUGGGGACCUGUGUGAACUGGAGCCAGACCGAUGCUGGACUCAGGCCCCCCCCCUCCCCCCCGCAGAACCAGAGGCUGCUCUUGGCCCGCUCAGACCCCUUGGGCUGCCAAGAACCUGAGAACGCUCAGAAUGGAGGGCACGAGGCCGAAAACUGCAGGGCAAGCCACCGAGGGGAUCCUAAGUCCCAGGCCCCCGCUGGGUGGCAGAGAAGCCUUGUAGAGAGCUCAGGAGCCCCUUGUAUGCAGCAGAGGGGAGCAGACGGGUGGGCCGCUGCUCCCUCCCCAUCCCGAACCCUGUGCCCUCAGCCGCCUUCUGCUCACCUCAAGCUUCCCCACGUGCGUGGGGAGGAGAGAGUCUCAGAGGCAGCCGGUGUCUCCGGGGCCCCGCCCUGGAGGAGAAGAAGGAACAGUGACCAAGAGUUGGAGAUCCACAGGGGUUUGGCAGCAGGGGACCCCAGAGCGGCCUAAGCUCCCCACCCUUGGGGCCCCGUGCCCUCUGAUGGGUCUCUGGAUGUGCCCUGCCUUGACCGCAGUGCCUGUCCCUGAAGUCCUGGGCCACCAACCCACUGCGGCCUGUCACCCAUUGGCAGGCCCUCUAGGGACAGUUGUGACCAGGCUGCCCAGAGCCCCUUGGCUGCAGGACCAGCCUGUCCCCAGAUGGGGGCUGUACUCAGGGCUCUUCCCCUCGGUUCCCAGCUGCAGGCCUGAGCUCUCACAGAAGGCAGAGGGCCCUCCGAAGUCCACCGCAGGGGAGGCCACGGUUCAGAAAAGGGUGGAUCGCCCACCCGCUCCCAAGGACUCAUUGUCCCCUGGGAAGAGAGGAGCCACGUGGGACCCAGCAAGGACAGCCUGGAGCUGAGCACAGCCUGGAGGAACGCCUGGGGCUAGAGGAGGGCAGGGAGUCUGGCCUCUGCUUCACUGGCCUCCGCUCAGACUUGGCCUCGCCUGCCGUGAAGGCUGGAGAGUAUGGGCUGGAUUCCUCCCCUGGAGCAGGGGCCCUACUAGUCUGGAGCAACUGGAAUAAGCACCUAGGGAUCAGUGUGGCAUUUCCACUCUCCCCCUGGAGCAGGGCCCUCCCAGGAGGGACAGCAGAUGUCAUUGUCAGGAGAGUGACACAGCCAGGGCCUUGAUGGGUGGCUGGGGGGCCACUCCAGAAUGGAGGUGGGGAGACAGGAAGGGUCAGAACGUAAUCCUGGAGGACCGCAGGGAAGAGGCAUCUCUUUCCUGCGUCCAGAAGGGGGCGCUAGAGGAGGGACUCAGAUUGAGGAACCCACAAGCCCGGUGUCAGGACAUACACACAAGCGCGCGCACCCAGAGUGAUAUCGGUCCUCUCUAUCGGGAGGGCGUGCCCACGACCUUGGUGUGCAACUAGGAGGGGGUUCAUUUCCCUGGGGAACACAGCUCCCCCAGACCCCCACUCCAUUCAAGAUCCUGCAACAGCACACUUACAGCCCCGCCUGUGGGAGAGCAGCAGAGGGCUCAGGACGGGGACUGAGGGAUGCCCCCUGUCACUGUGUGACCCUGUGCAAGUAACUAACCCUAUCGGACCUCAUUGUCCUCUGUUGUGAAAGAGGACACUAACUCUACCUCCCAAGACUGCUUUCAAGGAUCAAGUAGAGUGACAGGAACCUCUUACCACCGAGGAAAUGCCUCCUGAUUGCUCGUCCCCAAGCUCUUCUCCAGCUCUAGCGUAUGCUUUGUCCACACUAAAGCCCUCUGGGCCCUA